GGUCCGUCUUCUCCGUUUCCUCCUGACUCUGCUGCUUUUCGCUCAACUACAUCGGCCGAACUAAGCGUAUACCGUAACUAUAUGCCAGACGAUGCACUGAGGGUGGUUUGUGAUAAAGACCACCCGCUAUGCAGUGCUUGUGCCCGAUGCACAGCUUGUAGGUAUCUGUUUGGUAGGUUAUAGAGAAUCCAGAUAUCAGGAAGCUGAAGAAAAGAGAACUGUGAGAGCAGACAUACAGGAGGCCACGGUUCCCCCUCUCACACACACACACAUCACCACGGCCUUGAUGGUGAUGUAUGCAAGGAAACCAGCAAGAGUCAGCGAUGGGUGCAACGACAGAAGGGAUUCACAAUCCUAUCAGACCCAUAAAUCUCAGCCAAAGAGCCAGUCUAGCAGCCUUCACCGCUAUGACAAGGUGCGCGAUGGCUCAUCAGACCCCACGCCCCCUUACAAGAUGCUGCGACGCUCUGACGAAAGUCCUGUCAGCAGACAUGGAGACGGCGCGGGGCAUGGCAAGGCAAAAACCUCUCACACGGUUAGAGGAAAAAAUGGGACCAGCGGCUCUCCUCAGGAGAACUCUCACAACAACAGCUCCCACCAUGCCUCCGACUCGCAUGCGACUCAGAGCAAGCCUGCAGACAGGCACCAGGAGCCAUCAGAUGACUGGACAGAACACAUCAGCUCCUCUGGGAAGAAGUACUACUACAACUGUAGAACUGAGGUCUCCCAGUGGGAGAAGCCCAAGGACCUGCUGGAGAGGGAACAACGACAGAAAGACCCAGUCAAGAUGCCGGCGAACAGUUUCCCCCGGGACAUGGACUACAGACAAGAGGCCUUGCAGGACAAAGCCUCAACAAAGGCCACAUCAGGGGACCAGUCCACAGCGUCCAACUCCGGCCAUUCCUCUUCCUCUUCUUCUCAGAGCCUGAACUCUGCUCCUGGUGCUUUAGGCUCCACCCCCUCCGCCAUGUCCUCCUCCACCUCCUCUUCCUCCUCCUCGGGCCAGGCGCCUCCGUCUGUCCAGUCCCCCUCCCCGGCGCUGCUGCAGGACCCCGCCCUCCUCCACCAGCUGCUGCCCGCGCUGCAGGCCACUCUGCAGAUGAACAACGGCAACAUGGACAUGGCCAAACUCAACGAGGUCUUGGCAGCUGCCGUUACCCAAGCUUCCUUGCGGUCUGUGCUUCAUAAGCUCCUCACUGCUGGACCUGCUUUCAACAUCACUGCUCUGCUGUCCGCCGCUCAGCACUCCAACCAAGCCCAGCACUCCAGUCAGUCCCCGGUCUCCCUGACGUCGGACGCCUCAUCACCGCGGCCGUACGUCUCGCCACGGAACGGCACGCCGCAGAGCUCCCAGAAACCCCCCCUGGGCAUGCACCCUGGCGGCGUCACAUCCUCACAAACCAGGGGCAGCAUGUCUUCAGCGAAACAAGGACCAGUCCCUGUGCCUCAGACCGCAGAGAAGCGUCCCGAGGACCCCAGAAUUAUCCAGCAGAGAAGCAGCCAGGAGCUCCUGUGCUCUGGAUCAAACGCACCCGGCGCUGCCUUGCCCCACGCCCCCCCCGGCAGCAGCAGCCAGACCCAGCCCGACAACCCCGGCACCUUCACCCCCAGCCUGGCAACUCAUUUUGACGAGAGCCUCAUCAGACAUAUCCAAGGAUGGCCUUCAGAGAACACUGAGAAACAGGCGGCUCGGUUGCGCGAGGACAUCCACAACAUGGGCAGCUUGUACAUGUCUGAGAUCUGCACGGAGAUGAAAAACCUGCGCUCCCUGGUCAGAGUGUGUGAAAUUCAGGCCACACUCAGGGAACAGAGAAUCCUGUUUCUGAGGCAGCAGAGCAAAGAGCUGGACAAGCUGAAGAACCAGAACUCGUACAUGGUGUGAGGACCUUACCUGAGGAGAAAGAACCGGGAUGGAUGGAUUGAAAUAAUGAUCGGAAAAGAGGAAUAGACACGGACAGCAAGCUGCUGCAGCCUGUUAAUUCUCCCUAGCAGAGAAGCUGUUAAAGAACCUCCAUCCUGAACACGUCUUUUUCUUUUUCUUUUCUUUAAAAAAAAAAAUCUUUUUCCAACGUCCACCACACAAAUUGCUCUCGCUGAAAGUACCGGUUCGGCGCGCGGACACUUUAACCGAGUGGACACGGAGGACCUGAGGCUCCUUUUUUUUCAUUUUCUUUUCAAGAACAGCACCUUUCGGGACCGUGAACCUUGGAUUGUGUGUAUUGUAUCGGGUUAACUUGUUUUCUGGUGUGUUUUUGAUGUGUAGUGGUCAGGAAAAGAUUACAUUCUUUGGAAAAUGAACAAAAAAAAACAAACCAUCUCAUAAUAAUCAGUGUGGCACAGUCCCGGAGGGGUGGGGGGGGUUGAUCAUGCUCCCCGAUCUUCUAGAAAUUGCAUUGAAAUGUAUGGAUUCAAUGGCAGUGAUGUUACUAAUGUUAUUUUUAAUUCACUAUACUUGUCCGUGUGUUUUUUUGCCAUACCCAGUGUGUCUUCGAAGCUGGUUGCUUUUACACAUCAUGAGAUUAGCGAAGACCACUUUUGGCCAGAUUUUCGAAAAAUCAAUACUUUAAAUGUGCUUCAGUUGCUUUGUCCCAGUGGUGCAGAUUUAGCUGGGACUCUAUGGCUAGCUUUGUCAAACACACUCCAGAUGUUUCAGAGCCAUUUUUUGAGGAAAAGCCCACAUUAUUGGACCUAGUUUGGCUGCUAGAACAUAUUUGGGGUCGUUUGUAGCCCUGCUAGCUAGUUUCUUCUGCUAAUUGUCUUUUCUUUUUUCUUUUUUCUUUUUUUAUAAUUGUUAGUAUUUUUGUUUCUCUCCCAAGUCAAAUAGGGAGAAUUAUUUCAUUCCUAUUUUGCAGCUUAGCAAGAGAUUGUGUAAAAGAAUAGGAAAGCGACUGAAUUCGCAGUAAUGUAAAGCUAAAUUAUUGUUGCACACGAUUGAUUACGCCCUUCUAGUCAUAAUGGUUUAUACAAAGAUCGAUGGAAAGACAUUUUAUUUUAGUUAUUGUUUGGAGCCCUUUUAUCAACAGACUCAAGCAAGACUAUUUUUAAAAAAAAAAAUGUUAAGGGCUCAUUCAUCAUGAGAGGGUUUACUUUUUUUACGAACAUGAACAUGGAUUUUCAGUCGUACACUUCCACACCCCAUAAAGCAACUUCCCCUUUUCUUUUGUCUUUCAUCUCUUUUCCUCGUCCUUGACUAGUUUCCACCAGAUCUGAUGUGCACACUUUUUUCGUUUUGUUUUGGGGGGUGGGGGGGAAGGGAUCGGGGCUUUGUAUUCCAUAAAAUAUGAGAAUAAAAUAUUAUACCACAA